AAACGCUCCAAAAGUUGUUUUUUUUCUUUGUAUUUGUUUUUUUUACUUGGAGUGGAGGGGACGGAGAGAGAGAGAGAGAGAGAGAGAGAGGAGGAAAAACAAGAAGACAAAGUAAAACAACGUAACACUAGAUCCUUGGCUAGUUCUUGCACCUUCACAGCAGAGAGUGAACAGGUGGGCUAAACUGACACAAACGACAUCUUUAAGGAGGAGGCAGCUAUGGAUAUUAGGAUGCAACGAGAGGAGGCAUCAGCCCAGGAAGUGUUCAGCUAUGCCCAGAUGUCCACCAUGGAACGAAACAGUGGGCUUGGGACACUGAGUCGGCAUCUGGAGAGAGAGAGGUUGGAGAGAGACAGUUACACAGUAGAUGUCAGGGCCAGUGACCUGCAACUGGAUAAACCUGGUCCAUUACAUCCCUGCUUUAGCUACAGAAUAUGGCUUUACAGUGUCGUCAUAGGGAGUAGCUUGCUGAUAGCAGCAGCUUUCUCCCUAUACAUGGGUAAUGUGUUUCCAGCUGCAAUGGACUACCUGCGUUGUGCAGCUGGAUCUAGCAUACCAGCUGCAGUGGUGAGCUUCACUAUUGCCAAGAACAGACAAGUUGCAGUGUCUGAUUUUCAAAUGGUCUAUGUGUCUUCCUUUGCUGUGACAACAACUUGUCUGGUGUGGUUCGGAUGUAAGCUCGCUAUUAGUCCCUCGGCCAUCAAUAUUAACUUUAACCUGCUCCUGCUUAUUGUGCUGGAAGUGCUCACGGCCAGUACUGUUAUCUUAUCAGCACGCUCGGCUGAGGACUGCUGCAGUCAUGGAAAGCCAGUCUAUGAUGGCCCUGUGGUUGUGUCCCCGGCUUUGUUCCCCACUCGUCUUCUCAAGGCUUUUGCUGUAAUUGAGGUUAUAGUGGGCAUCUCUGCUGUUUUUGGAGGGAUUAUCGCUCUUAAUUUGGGUGCUCUACUCCCAGAACCAUACCUCUCAGUCACUUUCUUCUGGAUUCUGGUAGCUUGUUUCCCCAGUGCCAUUGCCAGCCAUGUAGUGGCAGAAUACCCCAGCAAGAGUCUGGUGGAAAUGCUGAUUGCUGUAAGUAGUGUGACCUCUCCACUGCUUUUCUCAGCCUCUGGAUUCUUGUCCAGCAGCGUGAUCAAUUUUAUUACGAUUUUUCUACAUGAAGUACCAUUAGCGAAGCAAUCAUAUGACAUACUGCAGCUUGUCCUGAUGGGGCUACUGCUGGUGCAGGCAGUGCUGACAUUAGCCACCAUAGUGCAGUGUGCUUCCUACAAGAGCCGUCUCCGCAAGGGAGCAACUGAAUGGGACACAAGAUAUUGUGAGCAACAGACGUCAAAUGGCACACUCAAUAAGUUUGACAAAGACAAGGCCUGGAAAGCAGUGGUGGUCCAAAUGGCCCAGUGAGCAAAGAUACAUGAAUCAGAGGGGGAAAAAACAGAGAGAAAGAAAUUGAAAGAUGAGUGUGUGUGGAGGAUGAGAAUGUCGCUGGAAAAGCUUACGGAGACAGUGAUUGAACAAACAUUUGCAAGCAUGAGAGGAAAUGGAAUGAUAUGGAUGAAGCAACAUAACUGGAAUCAUCAUCUAGUUCUCAAACUUGCUGACACUUAUUUUGUCAUAACCAUCACCUGACACUUGUCAUCAUGUAUCUGUAAAAGAUUUUAUUGAAUAAAUGACAGUUUAGUCAGGAAAAGAACCCGAGUCACAAUGUGUGGCAGGUUUUUAGCAAGCUGUUUAAAGUUGUGUCUCACAAUCAUGAAUAUAGUCUACUAUAACAGUCUGAAAUAGAAAUCAUAAGAAGAGCAAAUGGUUGAACCAUUUGAACCAGUAUAUAUGCAAGUAAAUUGUAAACCGACUAUGCAUUUACAAUCCACAGUACUUGUUCUGCAUUAUCUAGAUUUAGACUGCGAACAGGUAUAUUAUAUAAGAAGAUGGCAGAGUAGAGGCUAAAUAUGUGAUGUCUUUAUGAAUUCUAAGACACUGUAAAAACCAUAUUGCAGUUCAGAAUGUUACCAUGUGCUUAGCUGCCUUCAACAGUUUCACUUCAUUAGAUUUUAAAUUUGUACAAAUGUAAAAAUGUAGGUUCUACAUUGAACUGGCAUUGAAGAUCAAUACAAUUCAGAGUAUGUUUUUUGUGGAUUGUGUACACUAAUUUUAGAGAUAUUUAGUAAGAGUCUAAUGUGCAAGCAAUAAAAUAUGACAAAAUAGAGACUUGUGGAAAAUA